UACUUCAUAAUAUCAAUAUCUUAUUAGGUGCUGUUUUCCGCUGUUUUAACAUAGUUUUGUGAUGGGAUUUUUUAGCAGUAAGAAAACGAAGAGCAGUAAGAAGCAGAAGGUCAUGCCCAAGAAUGCAGAUGGGAGUAUUGCGGUGGAGACCACCAAGAUAAUGGAGAUAACGAUUGUUUCUGUGAACAACAUCACCAGAGAAACUGAUGUCGUCGGAAAAAUUGACCCUUACGUAAUCUUUUACGGAAACGGUCAGAUAUUGGGUAAGACAAAACCUGUGGACAACGCUACGAGUUGCGUUUUGAACGAACUAUUUACUAUUAAACCAAAGGGAGCUCCUCGUUCUAUCCAAUUCAAGUUUGAUCUCAUGGACAAGGAUGAUAUUGGUGAUGAUGAUGAAGUUGGAUCUGGGACCUUUAACCCGGCCGCAGAGGACAGUUUAAACAACCAGACAGUUCACCUGAAGUGGAAAGGAAAGGAUAUCGGUUCUCUUACAAUCGACAUUCGUAUCAAGGAUAUACUAGUCGUCUAAUUACCAUUAUUCAGACUGGAUAUGAACCUUUGUUUUUUGUGGUUGAGUUCUUGAUUAUAUUGUUUCAUUAUGGAAUGUUUACAAAGAUGACAUGAAUAGUUCUGGUGUAUUUGAUUUGGAUGUGAUUUUUAUUUGUUUUUAGACAAUUCUAAAUACAUUCAUGUUCGAACGAUCAGAGUUUUUGCCAUAAUACUUUUAAUGUUAAGCUUGUUUUCAGCUUUAAUUACGAUUCGGAAAGAUUGGGUAUUCUUUAAAUAUUGACUAUUUUUGUGUAAAUUGAAUAUUUGAAAUUCUUGAUGCAUGAAAAGAGUCAAAAUUUUUAGUAAAACGAUUUCAUCAAUGAUAGGAAGAUGAGUAACAAUAACUAUAACACUUAUCUGAGCUUUGCUAUAGAAUUCAAUAUUAUUCGGUAGCUAAAAAUCAAUUAUAAUCAAAAUACUGCGCCUUAUUAAUUAUGCUAAAUAUUAAUCGUUAGAUUAAAGUGAUUCAAUAAUACAUUUUUAAACGAGAGAAAAUAAGGUUCGAUAAAACUUGUUCAUUGUCACCCACUAGUUCUUUGUUACCUUUCUAGAAAUAUCGUUAAAAACACGGAUUAUAUUUGAUAUAAGUAUGAAAUUCUACCAGCAAUAAAAUAAAAUCUUU